GCAAAGACUGUAGAACUAAAAACCACGAACAACCACACGACUGACUCGCACCUUUCUACAAAAACGCCUCUAGACGUGUCUUCACCUUCUACUCCGUUCUGUCGUCUUUCUUCCAUGUCACAAAUAACUACUGUGAAACCCGUGGCCGUGGUUGGGAUAUCUGCCGAGUUUCCCUCUGGCCCACUAUCCGGCGUUAACUUCGAUCACCAGUCGUUUUUCGAUUUCUUGCUUGCUGGUGAAGAGGCGUCUGAGAAGGUCCCUCAGGAGAGGUUUAAUAUUGAUGGGUGGCAGGGAACUCAUAUCGGUCAAGUCCUGCCAGAGAAGGCUUGCUUCUUGAAAGAUGUUACUUCCUUUGACCACUUCGAGUUCGGCAUAACCGCGAAAGACGCAGUCAGUAUGGCCGUCGGCACCAGGAAACUGAUCGAACACUCUUUCCUCGCUUUACUGGACUCAGGUAUCAAUUCGCGUUCUCAGAACGUUGGCGCGUACACUUCCGGUGUUGCCUUUGAUAUUCUCAGUGCCGCAGACGCAGAUGAAUGGGAUGCUCGCGAUGCGUUCGGUGGUGGCACCGCAGCCUUGGCCAACCGAGUCUCAUACCAUCUAGACUUGACCGGCCCAUCGCUUCCCGUGGAUACAGCCUGCAGCUCCUCCCUGAUGGCGCUUCAUCUUGCGAUCCAAGGCUUGCGCUCAGGGGAUUGUGAGGCUGCCUUGGUGGGUGGAAGCCAGAUCAACCACCGAUUCGUCGAUUGGGUGUGGUACAGCCAGGCUUCAAUCCUCUCCCCAAGCGGGCAGUCGCGCCCUUUCGAUGCGAGCGCAGAUGGAUUUGGUCGUGGUGAGGCUGUGGUCGUCAUCGUCGUCAAGCUACUCGAAGACGCCAUUCGCGACGGAGACAAAAUUUAUGCCACUAUAUUGAACACCGCCAUCAAUUCGACUGGGUCUGCAGGUCCGGUCAAGACACCCAUCGCAGAUUCACAGGCAGCAGUUAUGUACAAGUCGUACGAGGGUACAGGCCGCUCUCCCAAAGAGGUUGAUUACGUCGAGUGUCAUUCAACAGGUACCUCUGUCGGCGAUCCUGUUGAGGUAAACUGGGUCGGUGCGCACUUCAAGCGGGAGAAGGAGCUUCUUGUGGGAAGCGUCAAGGCGAAUAUCGGUCAUACCGAAAUCACCGCAUUCUUGGCUUCCCUUUCGAAAGUCUGCUGUAUGUUCAAGGCCGGACUGAUUCCUCCACAAGUCGGAGUCACGACCCUGAACCCUGCCAUCGGAUGGACCGAAUACAACAUGCGCCCCAACACAAAGGUCGAACCCCUCACCGCUAGUUCUCCCUCCGGAGCAUCCCUCGUCUCGGUCAAUGCUUCCGGUCUAGGUGGCGCAAACGGCCACUGCGUUGUCGAAAGCUUUCCUUAUCCCCCGCGCUCCGCUCCAGAACCUCUUCCUGCCGAUAUGUCAAUCCUCCUCAUUGCGGGCGGCUUGUCUCCCCGUACCGCCACGGCCAUUGCCUCAGAUGUGACUCAGCUCGCCACGGAGAUCCCCCGAGAGCUUUCCGUGCUUUCGACAGUGAGUGGGAGACGUUCGAGGCAGAUGACUUGGCGUACAGCUGCUGUCAGCAGUGCAGACCAUCCGUUUGUCUUCCCGCAACCUCGCUUCGUUCCGCGGACUACGCCACCGAUCGCUUUCGUGUUCUCCGGUCAAGGGCCACAACACGUAGAAAUGGGCCGUCAGCUCUUCGGAACGUACCCUGUGUUCCGCGAGAGCAUUCUUCGCAUGGAUAAAGUACACAUCGAGCUCACCGGCACAUCUGUCGUCCAAGACCUCGGCUUCUUCAGCGACCUACCGCCCAAGAAUCCCCUUCCCGACGUCUGGCCCGUCACCACGCUGGUCCCCGCCCUCAACAUGACCCAAAUCGCUCUCUUUGAUCUCCUCGUCUCCAUGGGCAUUCGUCCCGAUCUCGUCUUCGGCCACUCCGCGGGCGAAUCAGCCAUGUUUUACGCCUCUGGUGCGACUUCGCUGGAGCUGGCGAUGGAGAUUUCAGUUCGUAGGGCGAGGGCGAUGGCCCAUGUUGAUAAUUCGGGUGGGAUGGCUGCCGUUUCUUGUUCGUCGUCGGUGGCUCGGGAAAUCAUCGACCUUGCGCUCAACGAGGCUGGACCUGACGACGUGCUUGAGCUCGGCUGCUUCAACGCCCCAGAAGCCGUUGCGAUCUCCGGUCAUCAUGUUAUGCUCGACAAGGCCAUUGCUAUCGCUCAAAGCCGCGGCCUCUGGGCUCGUAAAGUCAAGACGCGCACCGCAGGUCACAGCAGCCUUCUCGACCCCUGCCGAACGCAAUAUAUUGAAGAAAUGGAAGAGGCGUUUGCUCGUCAUCCCGUCUCUUACACUCCGACCAUCCCCACCUACUCGAGCCAGACAGGAACUCGCUGGGAUACUGCGUUCACGACCGAAUAUAUGUGGCGAAACACUCGCGUUCCUGUCAAAUUCGAGCAGACCGUGACCGCCGUUCUCAAGGAGGUUCCGGAGGCGAUCUUCAUCGAGAUCAGUCCUCACCCCGCGCUGUCGUCAUACAUCGCUGGCAUGGGCGCAAAAGCGGACAAGGUUCUCUGUCCGAUGCGUCGUACGAAAACUCCGGGAACAUUCAACGAAGUCAGCGAGCUUCUUCAGACUGUCGGGGCGCUAUCCUGUCUAGGGGUCAAUACCAUUGACUUUCAUGCCGUCAACGGUACCACCGCUCUCGAGCUCUCGAAACCACUACCAGCAUAUCCUUUCGUCCCGAAAGUCCUUCCGAUGUACUCCGAAAACUCGAGGAUGGCGCACAAGCAGAAGAGGGUUCGCAAGGGGCCGCUCAACUAUGAGGGAGUGGCUAUUAAUUCGCUCACUCAUCCUGACUUAGCUCAGCAUGUUGUGAGGGGUGAACCCAUCCUGCCGGCGACCGGGUUCUUCGAGAUGAUCUUCGAAGAGGGAGCGCGUACGAUUUGGGACAUCGAGCUACUCGGGAUGCUGCCACUACUGCCGGAGAAGGUACUUCAGGUGGAGAUCAAGACAGAUGGACAUGCAUGGAGCGUUUCAUCCUCGUCCGGAGGUCGCAACCCUCGGCUUCACGCUACUGGGUUCAUGACGACUGAAGUGACGGACAACGAUCUUGGGCCACUCGAUCUUACUGCCAUCAGAGCUCGCUGUGAGAGAUCCGAUAUCACGAAUCUUUAUACUGGGAUCAACGCCAGUAUCGCCUUCGGUCCCUUGUACCGCCGUGUUCAAGGGUGCCUCGAAAGCGAGAACGAGAUGCUGUUCGAGAUUCGCGGUAAUGGACCCGACCUCACCGAACACCAUAAAUACAUCUUCAACCCCGCUCUCCUCGAUUCUUGCAUUCACGGGAUCAUUCAUCCCGUUUUCACUGGCAACGCUGAUCGUAACGUUUAUUUUCUCCCAUCUCACAUUGGACGUGUUAUUCUCUACGACGCUGCCAUUGAGAAGGAGCUGCCGGAAACUAUUUACUGCCAUGUCAUCACACACGACUGGUCUCCAGAGGAUCAACAUUGCGAUUGUUACAUCGUGAACGAGCAUGGCGAGCGACUCGUCACCCUGAUGGAUUGUGUGGCUUCGAAACAUUGGAAUAUAGCUGUACCUACGCUCCCAGAGACGAACUACGAUCUUCUCUACCAGCCUCUUGGUUUGCCGGAAGACACACUUCCUGUUCAGCACAACGUGCAAGUCAUAGACCAUUCCUUCCUUGACGUACUUUUACCGUUCGACGAGAAGCCAAAUGGUCUCGCGAAUGGCAUCACACAUCAGCUGUCCAACGAUAUCUCUAAUCACGUCGAGCUCGACAUGGAGAAUUCGGAGGAAGGGAAGUUCAGGAAGUUCACGGACGGAUUUAUGUCAGGAAGUUCCUCCGAAGUGAAACCCUCCCGUGUCUUUGAGCUCUUUGCGUCGUCUUUCGAUCCUUUUGUGGUGGAAACCAGGCAUAUUCUUGAACACGCUCUCAAGGCCGGUAAACGAAUAGUCCGUAUUCUGGAAAUCGGUGAUGCUUCCGCAACGCUGGCGAGCCGUCUGUUACCAAUCUUCGCGGAGUAUCCAACUCUGCGAGUCGACUACACUGCUGCUGGUCACGAGAAAACGGCGACUUUGGACGUGCGAACAAUUUCCUUUGACAUCAGUUCGCCGUCUCAUACGCAAAGCCUACCUUCAUUCACGUACGACGCCAUCAUAUCCAUCCACUCUCUUGCCUUCGCCUCCAACACGCAGCGCUCUGUGGAAUUGCUGCAUGAGCUCCUGGUUCCUGGCGGUUUUCUCCUCGCACUCGAGGUUAACGGUGAUCCUGGCGUUCCUGGAACAAGAUGGAUCGAGCGCGUCUUUUCGCCACACCACGACUGGUCUGGAAUACGCGAUGGCAAGCUACAUGGCCCCAAGCCUCUGGGUGCCUGGAAAGAGUCCGUCCAGCGAGCGGGUUUCAAGUAUGUUUCAGCAAAUCCGGACGACGUGCGGUCUCUGUUCGUGACCCUCAAGGCCCAGAAAGGCUGGCUACCAACCCUCUCGGAGUCGGCCGAGAUACACGAUGCCGAUGAACCCAUGAUGGUGAACUUCAAGCUUGCGAAUGCAUUGGACCUGCAAAGCACGGUGCUCGCUGCCACAACUUCCGCCUCCGGUGGACGAACUGCUCUGUGGAUAGAGGCGACGAUGGGAAGCUUCGACGGGUCGGCAGCUAUGGGUUUCACUCGUUCCCUUCGCAGAGAGCUCGUCUCUGUCGACGUCAACCUCGUUCUUUUCGAUCCCGUCUGGAAAGACGCAUCGAAGGCCGUCCUCAUUCAACAGCUAUCCACCUUCCCCUAUUUAGAGCCGGAAAUCGCGAUCGAUAGCGCUGGAGUCGUCUUGGUUCCACGCCUGUGUUCAUUCCCUCCUCGACGGCCAUCGACGUUUGACCCUUCUCGGUAUUGGGUCGUCGAGAAGUCUGGUAUCGUGGCGCAGCCUGCCCUCCCGCUCCCCGUUGCUCGUCAAAUACUUAUCGAGCUUUCGUCCAUCUCCGACGUCGAGGGCGGGUUGCGAGGCAUCGUGGGUACGAUCGCCAGGACGAGCUCCUCGAAGUGGCCCGUCGGUACUCGUGUGGUGGCGGUCGUGGAAUCCACCGCUUCGAAUUAUGCCGUUGUACACGAAGGUCAAGCGUGUCACCUUCCCGGGGAUUGUGACCCAGGUAAAGGUGCUCGUAUCGCUCUUCCGCUCAUCCUUUCUACACUCGCCCUAGGGCUUGGUCUUUCACGACCACUGGAGUCCUUGGAGACGGCAAGGAUCGUGGUCUUGCAGUCAGGAGCGAUGUCCAUCGAGAUCAGCCAACUCCUCAAGCGUCUCGGCCUCAACCCGGACUCCAUCUCAGCAUCAGUUCCGAUAGAGCUUCCCCGUCUGGACAAGGGCGACAUCGUUAUAUGUGGCCUUCCCCAAGACGUAGCUCGUACGAUUCCCUCCAUCCCUGGCGUCUCCGUGUACAACUGGUUGGACACCGAGAGUGGUGGCCUUGCCAGUAUCGUACGCAAUCCCUGGUUCGUCGGCAGUACCCUCAAGACAUAUCUCGAACGUGUCAUAUCGGACAUCGCAACCAAUAUUUCGUCUCAAACCCCGGACAAGCUACUUCCGACGACUCCUCAGGUCUCUUCGACUGUAUCGUUGAGGCCUGACAGGUAUUACCUGAUUGUGGGUGGCAUUGGUUCGUUAGGAUUGCAGAUGGCGAUCUGGAUGUACGGCAAAGGAGCAAGACACAUCAUCCUGACCUCUCGUAGAGGCGAGGACACGCUUCGCGGUAUCAAAGCCAGAUCUCUGCGCGGUCCCGUCGAGUACCUCAGGAGCCUCCCAGACCUCGAACUGCGUCUUGAGGCUUGCGAUGCCUCAUCGCAAGAUGCAUUCGACAAGCUAGUCGCAAGCUUGGAUCGUCCCCUUGCCGGCUGCAUUCUCUCCGCAGUCCUCAUCUUCGACAGGCUGUUCUUGAAGCAGGAUUCCGAGACGUUCGCGGUGCCAUUCAAGGGCAAGACGGAGGCGUUUUGGGUCAUCGAGAAAGCUAUCGCGAUUGAGAAGCUUGAUUUCUUCAUUGCAAUCACGUCUGUCUCUGGGUUUGGUGCUGCCGGUCAGACGAACUAUUCGAGUGCGAACACUGCGGUAGAGUAUCUUAUGUCGCAGUAUCCGAACGCUUGGUCGUUUGCUGCUCCAGGCAUCAGCGACUCCAACGUCGGUAUUUACUCUUUCACGGCGGAGGCAUCCCAUCUCGAAAUGUGGGAGUCAUCUGCUAUGAGUAGCUACGAGAUCUGCUUGUGUCUCGAAGAUGGACUCCUUCGAAUGGCGUACAGUCCCAUGAAGCUCUACAUCCCCAACCUCGACUGGGACGCCCUGCACAACUCCGUCAGCGACUCGACUCUGUACAAUCACCUUGUCAAGUACGAUGCGUCACGCGAAGAAGUCGAGGUCGAAGACCCUGCAGAACUUCUUCAGGAGAUGGUGCUCAAGUUUAUCGAUAUUUCCGCGGAUGAAUUUGAACACUUUGUUCCUCUGACAUCUUAUGGGCUUGACUCCCUCUCCGCCGCACGUCUCUCCACCGCCCUCAAACCCUACAUGUCAAUCACACAGAUUCAGCUCCUCGGAGACUUGAGCCUCGACGAUCUUGUCGCCAAGAUGCGAGACGCCAAACGCAGCGGCACCGAUCCUAUCACCACCAACGGCCCCGCCACCGCCACCAACCCGACCAACUCCACCGAAGCUCCCUUCGCCUGGGACUCGCUCCAUCAACCGGGUCACAACGUCCUCAAGCUCGUCAUCAGCACCGGCACACCGCUCAUUCUCAUCCACGGCGGCGCAGGCGACAUAACCGCCUUCCGUGCGAUCCAAGAACAGUUCUCUACCCCCCUCUGGGCCAUCCAACCCACGCCCGAAACGCCCAUGGAUUCCGUCGAGGUCCUCGCGAAGUAUUACUUUGGGAAGAUCAAGGAGAAGAGACCGGCGGGUCCGUACAGAAUCGCCGGCUUCAGCGCGAGCAGUCUCGUUACGCUGAGGUUGGCAGAAAUCUUACUGGAGAAUGGGGACGAGAUCGUGCAGUUGACAUUUGUGGAUCAUUUCCCGAUGUUGUUUGCGAGCCCAUUGCAUGAUUUCAAUACGACACCGGAGUCGUUCGAAGAGCUGGGCCACUUGGCCGCCCUCAAAACUGUCGACAUGAUCUCCGACUCCUGCGCGCGCGACAAAACCGCCGCCCGUCGCGCCUACGGCCUCGCCCUCGUCUCAGCCUCUCAAAACCUCCCCUCCACACCCACCGCUCUCGAAUCAUGGACCUUCAUCCGCAAGAUCGCAGUCAUGAACCUCAGGCAGGCCAUCGCCUUCUCUGGCGGGUUCGAAGUCUGGUCUGGUCUUAGUCCCGCGGAACGCGAGGAGAGGAUGAGGGUGCGGAUGAUUGAGGAGGUGAGGAGCGUUGGGAGGAGGUUGAGUGCGUGCAGGAUGAGUGCGUAUGUGGCCGAUUGGGGACUGAGAACGUUGAUGCCUGAUGAUUGGAAUGACUUUGGCGUCGGGAGAUGUUUCGGAGAUGGAAGACUUGGGGAUCCCAGGGCUGGGGUGGAUGAGAGGAAGGCGAAGGUGUAUAGGUAUCCGGCCGGGCAUUUCGAUAUCUUUGAGAGGUCAGAUUUCUCGAGGAGUUUGGAGGUGGAUUGGGUGGAUGCUGCUAUCGAGGCGGGCGCGGAGAGCGAAUAUGAGUGGAAAUCGAUGGUGCAUCAUCCGUUGAAGGAUGACUUGACGACGAUGUUUAGGAUCUUGGAUACGAUGGCGUUGAAGUAUAUGAAGGAGUCUAUUGAGCAGAACCCGGUCGUUGACUCGGAGAUCAGUCGCCAGAGGUUGUACCGCGAGACUUUGGAGUACCUCCGCACUCGCAAGCCAGCCAUCUGGACCGAAGAAGAGUAUACUCGUCUCAAGUCGAUAUAUCCGCUCUACUUCGAGACAACAGAGCGGAUCGGAAGCGUCCACGCAUCGACGUUCCAGUCUCCUACCGCCGCAGUCGCAGCGCUCUAUGCGGACAACAUGAUUGACGGCUGGUACCUCAACAACCCCGGGUUCAUGCCCAUCAACAUCGAAGCCACCAAACGUUUCAAAUCCCUCGUCUCUUCUCCCUCGUUCCGUGCUCGUUCUGGAUCAGAGCCACUCAGGGUCCUCGAGGUCGGCGCCGGCGUCGGCGGUCUGACCACAUUCCUCGUCGAAACCCUCGCGGACCUUCAACACUCGAACACUCAGUCCAUCAACGUCGAAUACACAAUAACCGACCUCUCCUACUCCCUCGCCGCCUCUCUCGCCUCGUCCUUCUCCAUCCCUUCUCCAUCCUCUUCCCCUUCCACCACCACCUCUCGCCCAAAAAACAACAUAACCCUCCUCGCAAAACAAUACGACGUCUCCAAACCUCCCUCCUCCCAAUCCCAAUCCUUCCCCCUCGGGUCCUACGACAUCAUAACCGCUCUAAACGUCAUCCACGCCGUCCCCGACCUGAAUGAAACAUUGAAGGGCUUAUACGCGCUCCUAAAACCAGGCGGGAAGUUACUGGUCGUUGAUUCGGACGGGAAAGCCUAUCGGGAUCACAUCCAACUCCCGCUUCGAGACCCGCGCACCGCCCGCGUCGUGUUCGAGCCCGCAAAGGAGGAGGAGAACGAGAACGAGAACGCAGCACCGGUUCCCGUCCCCGUCCUCGAAACCGUUCCCCGUCCGGGCGCUAUCUGGGCCGACUUCGUCUGGGGUUCUUUCCAGGGCUGGUUCGGCUUCACGGACGACCGCGCGCAUUGUACGGUCGAUGGGGAGGAAUGGAGGGCUAGACUUGAGGGGGAGGAGGUAGGGUUUGAAGUGGGGAGUGUGAGGGUUGUGGAGGAGGAUGUGGGGAUUUGUAUUUUGUUGGAGGCGGGGAAGGCUUAGGCUUAGGGUGGGAGUGGGGGCGGGGGUGGGGAUGAGUGACGCGAGAGCGUUGAAGUGAGCAGAGGUGAGGAUGGGUUGUUGGUGUUAUUGCUGAGGUUUUGUGGGACAUUUCCAAGGCCGCUUUCGUGGUGAAUCGUUGUGGUUCGUGGUCCAAGGAGUGGCUAUGCUCUAGUGUAGGUUGAGAUUGUACUCACAGUAACGUCUGCAAUGACAUUCAUCGUCCAUGAC